GUCAGUCUGGCGUGGGUUGUACCCCUACGGAUUACCUUCAGGAUCUUGUAGCGGUUAAUGACAUGCUACAAGCAUGAGUGAUAUCAGACAAGUAAGACCACAUGACUCUGACAGUGAUGAUGAGGGUCCUCAGACUCCAAAGAAGAAAGUCAAAUAUGAUCAUAAAUUUCAGUUGAAACUGCUAAGUGACCCCAAAUUCUCACCAUGGAUGAUCCAGAGUAAGAAAAACCCAAAUAAGGCAUUCUGCACUGCAUGUGAUAGUGAAUUAUCCGGCAGCAUAACAUUACUAGAAAGGCACAACUUAACUGAGAAACACAAGAAAAACAUGAAUGCAAGUAACCAGCAUAAGAAAGUCACCAAUUAUUUUCAACCAAGUGUAUCAGCAAGCUUUGAAAAACAAGUCGUAGCCUCAGAGCUUAAGAUGUGCGCCUUCAUUGCAGAACAUAACUUACCUGUCUCAGUAAUGGAUCAUUUGCCAGGGUUUAUUGCUAAUGUGUGCCCAGACUCAAAAAUUGCGAGUGCUGUUAAAUGUGGCAGAACAAAAGCCUCAGCUAUCCUUGGGAACGUAAUGGGUGAUGCUUUUCUAUCUGAGAUUGUUGCUCGUCUGAAGGACACAAAAUUUUCUCUCAUCAUUGAUGAAUCUACCGACCUUUCUACACAAAAACACCUUGUUUUGAUUGCUCGGUUCUAUGACCUUGAAGUUCAGAAAACUUGUGAUCACUUUCUGAGUUUACUUGAGGUAACUGAUUGUACAGCUCAAGGUAUUUUUAGCUCAAUAGUGCAGUUUUUUGACAGGCAUUUAAUUCCUAUGAAAAAUGUUAUCGGCUUUGCCAGCGAUAACGCAAGUGUUAUGAUGGGAGAAAAGGGAGGAGUCAUGGCUCUGCUAAGAAAAGAAAAUCCAUCCCUGUUUGUGCAAGGAUGCGUGUGCCACUCCAUUGCCCUCUGUGCCUCAAAUGCAUGUGGCGAGCUGCCUAAUAGGGUUGAAGAACUAGCUCGGAACAUACAUACCUACAUAAUGAACAGCCCUAAAAGAUUCACAGAAUAUGAGGAAUUUCAGAAAUUCACAGAGGCUCCACUUCAUAGAAUACUGCACCCUAGUUUUACUAGAUGGCUCUCCUUGGAAGAGGUGGUAAAAAGAGUUUUAGAGCAAUGGCCUACACUUAAGCUGUAUUUUACAUCUGCUGCAUUGGAGGAUAAGAUG